AAUGUCCACUUGUGAAAACUAACCCCCAAAUUCUCCUCAAAUUCAUCUUCUUCUUCUCCUCCUCCAAAAACUUCCUCCCCUUUUACACAACCAAAAAAACAAAAAACAAAAAAAAAAAAAAAAAAAAAAAAUUCAUCACAAAAAAAAAACCCUCAUACAUCUUCAUCAUCAUCGUCGUCGUCAUCAUCAUCAACAACAACUUAAUCCAUGUCGAAACCACAUGCCAUAAUGAUACCCUAUCCAUAUCAAGGUCACAUAACCCCAUUUGUAUACCUAGCCAUAAAGCUAGCAUCACAUGGUUUCACCAUAACAUUUGUUAACACACAUUAUAUCCAUUCAAAAAUCUCCAAUUCCAACAAAAACAAAGACGAUUUAUUUGCUAAUGCACGUAAAUCUGGGUUAGACAUUCGUUAUACAACUGUUAAUGAUGGUUUUCCUUUACAAUUUGAUCGUUCAUUGAACCAUGAUCAAUUUGUUGAAGGUUUAUUGCAUGUUUUUUCUGCACAUUUUGAUGUGUUGGUUGGUGAUUUAGUGAAAUGUGAUCCACCUGUGAAUUGUUUGAUUGCUGAUACAUUUUAUGUAUGGCCAGCUAUGAUUGCUGAGAAGUAUAAUUUGGUAUAUGUAUCAUUGUGGACUGAACCUGCUUUGGUUUUUAACUUGUAUUAUCAUAUGGAUUUGUUGAAGAAGAAUGGACAUUUUGCUUCUCAAGAUAAUAGAAAGGACACUAUUGACUACAUACCAGGAGUUGAAGCUAUUGAACCAAGAGACUUGAUGUCCUAUCUCCAAGCAACUGAUAUUUGGACUGUGGUUCAUAGGGUAAUCUACAAGGCCUUUACUGAUAUUAAAAAGGCAGACAUCAUCAUUUGUAAUACAGUCCAAGAACUUGAAUGUGAUACACUUUCAGCCCUAAAUAAAAAUCAGCCCACAUAUGCUAUUGGGCCUAUAUUCCCAUCUGGUAAUCUCACUAAGGCCCCAUUCAGUCUUAGCCUAUGGUCCGAGUCCGAUUGCUCGCAAUGGCUCAAUAGCAAGCCCAACUCAUCAGUCUUGUAUGUGUCAUUUGGUAGUUAUGCACAUACUAGUAAGGAAGAUUUAUUGGAGAUAGCCCAUGGGCUUCAACUUAGUGGGGUGAACUUCAUUUGGGUUCUAAGGCCCGAUAUCGUUAGCUCAGAUGAGACGGAUUUCUUGCCUGUUGGGUUUGAGGAAAGUAUAAAAGAUCGAGGGUUGAUCGUGCCAUGGUGUAAGCAGAUUGAAGUGAUAUCACAUCCAGCGACUGGUGGAUUCCUGACUCACUGUGGAUGGAACUCGACGCUGGAGAGCAUAUGGUGUGGUAUACCGUUGAUAUGUUAUCCCUUGUUGACCGAUCAAUUCACUAACCGAAAACUAGUUGUGAAUGACUGGAAGAUUGGAAUUAAUUUGUGUGACAAAGAGCGCGUUACACACGAGGAAGUAGCCGAAAAGGUUAGCCAUUUUAUGUGUGGGAAUAGCACUCAAGUUUUGAGAAAUGCAGUGAAGGAAGUGAGAAAAACAUUAGAAAAUGCAUUAGAAAAAGAUGGAUCAUCUGAGAAAAAUUUUCAUAAAUUCAUGGAGGACAUAAAGGUAAAUGCAAGGAAACGGGCCGGGCUUUCGAAUGGGCAUGCUAGUCCAUUAUACCAAAAUGGUAAUGGGCUGAUCCAUUGAAUAUUUGCAACCAUAUAGCCUGAAGGACCUAAGUUUUAGGAAUAGUGCUACUAGCCACUUUUUGACUCUCUUUUUUAAAAAGAUAGUCAUUAUUAUGGAGUUUCAAAUUUCACGAGUAAAACUUCAGCAUAUCAUCAUGAAGUUUUCGGUGGGACAUUUUGGAACUCCAGACUAGUGACUAUUUUUCAAGUAUAGAGACUGAAAGUGAUUGUUUUUGAAAUUUUUGGCAAUGUUGUGCGCGCUCUCUCUCUCCUUGUUAUAAAACCUUUGAGAUUAAUUUUUGCUUAGUUAAAUUCAAGUUGUGAAUGUAAAAAAUUGUUUGUUCAAUAAAUAAUUUAGUUUAGUUUGUUUUAAAA